UCGACCCCUCGGUGUAGGCCAGACACUCUCUCUCAGAAACAUUCAUCUGUAUGUACGGGGAAAAAAACUAGUCAAAAUGACAACAGAAUACCACGAUGAUGCAGAAGAUGACAGCAACUCCUUCUGGACCAAAGAUCAGCGACCAGUCUCUAUCUCUGGUGCCUCUGUGUCCAGACGUUGGUUGUUUCCCGGACUCGCCGCGGCCUUCACCCUCCUUCUGCUCAUAAUAAUCGGAGCCAUCGGUGGAAGCACAACGAAUCGCCUGUGGACAGUGGAGAAUAAAGUUUCCAACCUGACUGAAGCUCUGAUCACGGCUCAGAAACUGGCUCAGGACGCAUCCAAAGAUGUUCAGAGGCUGAAGUUCUCUGUGGAGAACAACAAGGAUCAGCUGGGCUCAGUAUCAGAGGCACUGAAGCAGCUUUCAACACUGGACUCCAUCAGUCGCAGCGUCAACAAGCUCAAGUGCUCCCUUGAGCGCCUCACAAACAAUGGUACGGCAGGAAACACCUGCUGCCCAGCCGGCUGGGAAAAUUUUGAAACAAGUUGCUAUUACUUUGCAAGCAACUCUUUGUCGUGGGACAAGGCCCGGGACUGGUGCAAUGGACAUGACUCUCACCUGGUCAUACUCCAGACUGAGAAGGAAUGGAGGUUUGUAAUAUCUCGAGCCGCUGGACUCUUCCACUGGAUCGGCCUCACCGAUGAGAGGACGGGAAAAUGGGAGUGGGUUAACCUGACGCCUUACAUCAUGAACCGAAGUCGCUGGAUGCCUGGUCAGCCAGAUGCCUGGACCAAUCAUGGACUUGGUCCUGGAGAUGAAGACUGCGCUCAUAUCCAUUAUGAUGGACGUCUCAAUGACCUCCACUGUUCCCAAAAGCUGCGUUAUAUUUGUCAGAAACACGGCAUACGAAGUUAAGCCUCGAUCCAACCACCUUUUUUCCUUUACAAUGACCAAAGGACAUGGCCACACACUCAGGCAAAAUAUUGUACGAGUUAAGUCAAUUGCACCCAGAAUCUAGUUGUCAUGGGAACCUUUGCCCUUAUGUGAUUAAUACAUGGCACUUGGAUGUGUAUUGGUAAGGAAGGACAGUGAGAUAUUAUGGCCUGUUUGUGGACAUGUGACGUGUGGGUGACUGCCCUUUCCCAGGGAGAGGCUUCAUCGCUGCAUCAAUCUUUGACUAAAACCUUGUUUUACACAACUGUGGACAUGUUCAGACAAACAUAAAUCAUCCAAGCCAGUAUAUUUUCUUUAAAAAGGCUAUGACUUUAUUAAUAAAAAGACAAAAUACACUUUGUACACACAACAUAUACAGUUACCAUCUAUAAUGGCAGUUAUAUGUGCUGGAAUAAAAUAUUCAAAAACAA